CCAGUCACGGAGGGGUUAACUACCAGUGUUGUGCCCAAGCUUGGAGAAAAUGGGAGGUUUCUGUCAUGAAGGGUGUCCUGAAGGUAAAGAUCUCUGCAUAAAGAUCUCCUCCUGUGAUCAUCUCACAUCUUCUACUGAACUCCAACAUCAAGUUCCAGCAGCUUGUGAUUUCUGCUCUCCUUCUCUCUCAGUCACUCAUCAAACUCUUCCUCAUCACACACUUCACACAUACUCAUCACACUUGUCACACACUCCAUCAUACACUUCUCACACACUCCUCAUAACACACUCCUGAUCACACACCCCUCACAUUCUUCCUCAUCACACACUCCUCCACCGUGUGUCAGGAUGAAGCUCCUCGCUCUGGUGCUCCUGCUCUCCUCUUUCUCCUCACUGACCGUGAUGGAGGUUGUCAAUUCUUUUAAUGAUGUAUGUAGUGACUUCUUCAUCAAGACAGAAAAUGACAUCAUCGUCCCCACUAUCUUCCCUGGAGAUCAGUAUAAGAUGAUUUGCCAGCGCUGGAAACACAAAUACAGGUUUGCCACCGUGUACGACACUAUGAGGAGGAUCCCUGUUUACUCGGCUUACACAUUCUCUGAUUUGAAAGUUAAGACUACCCACACAAAACAGUGGAAAUUUGAACCUCAGCUGGAUGAUACUGAAGGAUCGGAAGAGAUGAUUGAUUCCCCAAGAGAAGCAGGAACGAUAUUUAACCAGGCCGUGUACUCUGAUUAUAUAGGUACAGGGUAUACUAGAGGUCACGUGUUUCCAUGCCAGUUUGCUGCCGAUCAGGAUCAAACAGAUUCCACCUUCACUUUAACUAACGCAGCUCCACAAACAUCGGGCAGCAACCAAAAAUGGGCUGCGGAAGUGGAGAAAUCGAUGAUUACAGAAAUAUAUCAGAUGUGCAAACUCGACAAGGUGCAUAUUGUGACCGGGGUCGUCCCAGGGGAGGACUGGAUACCCAUAAAAAGAGACGGAAAAGAGUAUCAAGAAGGAAUUAACAUUCCCAGUCAUUUUUGGAGCGCUUACUAUUGCAGGAGUAAAACGGGUAAUGAUAAAUUCAUAGUGAGGGCCUACAUCACUAAACAGGAGAGCUUUAAUCUCAGACGCCCCAACAUUCACCACCUGAAUAUAGAGCUCACUAAACUGUAUAAUAAGAAGAUACGUUUUAAUGUGUUUCCAGGAUUAGACUUUAAAGAACGUAAAAAAAUAAAGCUGAUUAAAUCUUAUGCAGCAAAAAACAAUGAAAAUUUGGUAGUAUCAAAAAAUGAUUAUCUUUAAUUGUAGUAAUUUGAGACUUUUAUUUAUGUUUGCUUUCACACUCAGCCAGCGCACGUUACAGAGUGAGCUGUACAGGAAGUCGACAUCUGGAUUACUGACAAUAACAUAUCAGUUCUAGUGAGGAAGCUAGGCUAGUGCGUUAUUAUGGUUAGUUGUGUGUGUGUGUGUGUGUGUGUGUGUGUGUGUGUGUGUGUGUGUGUGUGUGUGUGUCUGUUAGAAUCAGCAACUUUCCUGUUAGAAACGUGUCAAAGCAUCGUAACAAUAUAUCACUUUGUUGAGCUUCUUUUUCUUUUUCUCUUUUGUGCAAAAUAACCUUAAAAAUAAUAAAACUCUGGUUAGUUUGAUUCUCUUGCAAUUAAAGCUUCUUAUAAACAAUAUGCAAAUAUUAUGUUAAACAAAUUAAGUACAUUAAUCUCUGUUAAUUCUCCUGCAGAUCUUUAAUAAAACUUCACUGUUUGCUGUGAAA